UGUGGGGGGGGUUUAAGUGUAAUGAUACAUGUCAGAAUAUGCUGAAAUAUUUUAAUUAUGAGAAUAUUGAAUGAUGACGGCAGCUUUAUGGAAAACCAAUAUUGCCGGUUUUUUAAAAUAAUUUAAUGCUAUUUAUUUUUGUAUAACUAGUAUAAACGUACUUAAGGCUGAAUAUCUGUAAAACAGUUGGCUUUAGAUUUAAAUUAUCCAGCACUCCCGCCAUUUAGUAGCUUAGUUGUAGAAACGUGACAUUGGAGCGUUGAAAUAUUUGAUCCAAGGAAUGUCUAAAGUUUCAUUUUUGGACGGCAGUUUAGGUUAUUCUGUGGCCGAGGUGGACGUAUUUCUUAUUUCACAGAUAUGGGAAAAUGAUCAUGAGCACGAUAUCUCUUGUGAUAAUCCUUCACGCCAGUCGUUCGAAGAAGGCCUAGGGUUGUUGCUGAGAUGCAGCAGUUAUUUUUAUUACAAGAAUGGGAGGAUGUAUAGGAAUAAAUCGCAACAGGAGAAGUGGAAAUGAAAACGCAGGAGAAAACGUAUCUCGUCCUACAUCAGGCAGUACGAGAAAGAAUCAUCCUCUUUGCCAUGAGACUAUCCGGUGGAGGUCCGAUGUGCCGUUAACAGAAGGGCAGCUGCGGAGCAAGAGGGACGAGUUCUGGGAGACGGCUCCGGCCUUCGAAGGGAGGAAAGAGAUCUGGGAUGCGCUCAGGGCUGCCACUGUUGCAGUCGAGUCGCUCGACUUUCAGCUCGCCCAAGCCAUACUCGACGGAGCUAACAUUUCAGUGCCUAAUGGUUUUUUGACUGAAUGUUACGAUGAAUUAGGAACACGUUACCAAGUCCCAGUUUAUUGCCUUUCAUACCCGAUAAACAUUGUCAAAGAGGACAGUGGCCGAGAUUCCCCAGCUGAAAAUUCAGAACCAGUCGAAGGUGGGACAGAAAUAGUCCUUAAACUAAGGCUGUCCUCGACAUGUCAGGAUGUCAAACUUCCCAUAUAUACCACAGACACCAUCGGAAUGGCCAAAAAGAAGUUGCAGUACCAAGAGGGAUUGGAGCCUUCAAAGCAAAGGUGGUUUUUCGGAGGGAAACUUCUAGGCGAUAAGUUGCAUAUCGACGAUUCUAAAAUACUGCCUGGUUAUGUAAUACAGGUUAUUGUAAAUCAAGAGCCGGCUAAUUGGAAAGAGUCUUAAAUACCCCCUCCCCUUAAUUUCAUUCUUAAUUGAACUUGUAUGUACAAUUGUUAUCCGGUUUAAUUUUGCAAAGAAGCACAAGGGAAUAUGUUUUAUUUUUUAAUUAUAGGAGAUGUGGGACGUUUUUAAAUUAAACAAAAUGUGAUACAAUUUGGAUUUUACAGCUUUAA